AUGUAUGACGAGUCUGAACCCUUCAUUGACAACAAGCUGUACAGAUCUACCAUAGGGUCACUACUAUACAUAGCCAAUUGGACUAGACCAGACAUCGCCCUGGCUGUCAAUCUACUAUCCAGGCACGUGAGCAAGCCUACAACAUCACACUGGGAUGCCAUCAAGAGGUUACUCAGAUACCUCAAAUACAGUAUCAACGCACAAUUAUGCCUUGAACCAGACCUGUCCACGAAACCAAAGCUGACCUGCUAUGCCAACGCUGAUUGGGCGGGAGAUAUCAAAAGUAGGAAAAGCACCUCAGGUUAUGUGCUCUUCCUCAACGGCAGUCCUAUUCACUGGUACACGGGGAAACAAAAACUUGUAGCCACAUCCACCACCGAGGCAGAAUUUAUCUGUCUGUCGAAGGCCGCAAACAACCGAAUAUGGUUUGAUGACUUACUCAGUGAUAUUUGGACUGAACCAUUAUACCCAAUAAUUAUUCAUGAAGAUAAUAAGGCAGCAAUAGAGAUAUCGAGGGCUGAUGCCGUUGGCCAAUGA